GUGCACGUACAACGUGACUAUGUGGCUUACACGGUUAUCUAACACGCUGCUUCCAGGAGGUUGCAGCGUAAGCUGCACAAUUGUUUCUUGGCUCCGAGCGCAGUUGGGAGCUCCAUCUUCCAGAUUUUCCGGGAUUUUACUCCCGACGGAAAGCACCAAAGUCGGUCAUUUUCGACGCGGUUACGGGACGGGCAGGCGACACUGUUCCAAAAGAAUUAUUGGCGCAACGAAGGACGCCACGGAAAAUGGAGCGGACGGACGGCGUCUCGCGCGUUUCUCGUGGCUCGGUCAGAGAUCCACUUGCUUCGCGGGGGCGCUGCGUAUUCCGCGGAUAUCCUGCGACGCGAGUCACACGGAGCGCGGGACGCGCUGGGGUGGUGACAAUGGUUUGGGCACGAUUUUCGUGAUUGUGAUUUUUUAGAUACAUUUCAUAAGAUUUUUGAGGGAAUUGAUGUUGACAAUUAAGGAGGAACGUCAGCUUGAGAAAAAUGGUGAUAGUUUAACGAAGGUUUUAGGAUACA